AUGGCCGCCUACCCCGUCCGGCGGCUCCGCUGGGAGCGGAACCAGGCUCGGCUGAGGGCCAUCGUGGGGGAGCAGGAUACCGAGGAAUGGGAGAAGGACCCGCAGUUCUCCGGGCUGCAGAGAGUGGGAGGUGUGGAUUUAUCCUGCAUCAAGGGGGACGAGAGCCGUGCCUCCCUGGUUGUGCUCAGCUACCCGGCUCUCGAGGAACCCCCGGCCCGGCCGUGCCCGGCCGCGGGGCUGUGGGGCAGCGGCAGGUGGGGUGCUUCCAUCAGGUACAUCAUUCCACUUGUGAACAAGACUGCUCAUGAGGCCUGGGGGCUGUGCCAGGCCACCAACAACAACAUCCAGAAAGUGAACGCAAGCAUACCUGUGCUAAUUAAAUUGGCUCAGCCAGACAUCCCCCUGCUGCAGAGAGGCCUCAAGGAGCUCGUUGAAUCGCUGCUUGAAGUAAAAGCAGGGACUAUUUUGACAAAUUUAACCCAGCAUGUUGACAUAUCCAUGGUAAAUGCAAUGAACAACAUCACCAAACUUCAGAAGCAGCCAAAACCAGUGAUAAAAAAGCCCUCCCCAGCAAAAAAAGUGGCAGGAAAUGCCACCAUGAGCCUGGCAAGCCGAAGCCAGAGAAACACGGAUAAUGCAAUAGAUCCAGGGCAGUUUUCAGCGUGUGCCAGCUCCCCGUGCCAGAAUGGAGGAACCUGUGUCAAUGACAGACAGAGUUUUGUCUGCGCCUGUCGCCACCCCUUUGGAGGAGUCAACUGCAGUGUGAAGCUGCUGAACGACAACUCCCUGAGUGUUGAUUUCUCAAAAGGAUCCUACAGAUAUGCACCUAUGGUGGCUUUUUUUGCUUCUCAUACAUAUGGAAUGACAACUCCAGGACCCAUCAGAUUUAACAAUCUGGACGUCAACUACGGUGCCUCAUUUGCCCCAGCAACUGGGAAGUUCCAUGUUCCAUACCUGGGGGUCUAUGUUUUUGAAUACACCAUUGAAUCAUUCAGCCCCCGUGCCUCUGGCUAUCUGGUCAUUGAUGGAAUAGACAAACUCACGUUCCAGGCUGAAAAUAUUAAUAACAGCAAGUACACCGACAGAGUAAUUACUGGAAAUGCUUUAUUAGAGUUAAAUUACGGUCAGGAAGUCUGGCUCAGACUGGCAACUGGCUCAAUACCAGCCAAGUAUCCACCUGUAACUACAUUCAGUGGUUACUUGUUGUAUCGUACCUAAGUCAGUCCUAAAUGGGAGCUGUUAGUCAGAUGAAGCAACCUGCAGGUGAAUUUAGCUUUGCAUUUAAAUACUUUGCUUCUUUAAGGGCACUAAGCUUCCCAAGGUAGUGGCUGAUCCUCCAAGAUGUUCUUUGGUUGUAGCCAUGUGCACAACCCCAAGGAGUCCACAGGUUGGAGAUGGGGGAAAACAAGGCAUCUUCCUCAUAUUAAUAUGACUGGGAAGCACAAAUCUAAUGCUGUUCUGCUGCUACAUUGCAUAGACAUACUUAGACGAAAUUGCUGAGACUCACUUCUCAAGAGAAAGCUCAAUUUGAUCAUUUCUUUACACCCUGACUGCAAAUCAAAAGUGAUGGAUAGAUUUUGAUGACGCAGAUGCUGGGUUACUGCUUAGCCCAUUCUAUCAAUUGAUAGUCGUGUGUAUAUAUUCUGUUUGGAAAAAAAGAUAUUUCUUCUUCAUUUUGCCUACAAUUAUUCACUGCAUACUUUGAUAUGGCAGUAUUUAAUUGAUUCAUGAUUUUUUUGAAAUGUAACCAGUAUGCUGAUAAACUGGGCUUUUUUGGAUGUGGCAGCAAAAAACCCCCAGAGGAAUGCAUUCAGAUUAGAAAUAAGGUAUUUUUAGCAUUUACAUUAGUCAUAGGAUAAACACCAUAAUGGAUUUGGUGGAUUCUCUCUGCUACCUGAAAUAUUUAAACCACAGCUGGAUGUUGUUUGGGUGAUAUGUUAUAAGCAAACAUUGUUAGAUUGCCUUCACACAGAUUUUAGCAUUUGACCUAUAAAGUACACAAGAUUAAAUUAUAUAACCAAAGUAUUUUCUGAGUUUGAGUUCUAUAAAUCUAUUAUAUUGUUUGUUUCUGCAUUAUAUUCACUAACUACUGAAGCAAGAUGAAAUUAACUUCAGUCUGCAUGUGAUUUUUCAAGCACCAAUCCAAUAAAGAAAUAUUUUUAAUUGA